GGGUCAGUUUGUGUGGGACCUUAGACCUGUCAUCUUUCUGUAUUGUGCUGCAGAGAAUUAGGGGUUUGUUAUUGUCAGGAGUGUUGCUUUUCUAAAAGAGAGUUCUGUGAGGAGUUUAUAAGUGUGUGGCAGACACUCUUGAGGGUGUGCUUUAUAUCAGACAGCCAUGAGUGGUAACUACAGUGUGGUAUUACAGGGUCCGGCCCCCUGGGGCUUCAGACUGCAGGGGGGAAAAGACUUUAACAUGCCCCUCACCAUUUCACGGCUGAUUGAUGGAGGGAAGGCUGCUAAAGCGGGCAUCGCUGUUGGAGAUCUUGUUCUGUCCAUCGAUGGCAUCAACACUGAUGGCAUGAACCAUCUGGAGGCUCAGAACAAGAUCAAAUCCUGCGUAGGGAACCUCAAUCUCAACUUACUGAAAGCAACCAGUCUUCCAAAACCAGAUGUGGCAUCAAAGGAUGAUUCUGUGGAAGUUCUCAAACCCGUUCCCAUGAAAAACUUCAUUCCAUCUUCAUCUGACAUCAUAAAUCCCACCCACAUCACUGCAUCCUCCAAUAAGAGCGCUCGUCCGUUUAGAGGGGCGGGGUCACCACACAUAGCCUCCAUUCCCUCCCCUGCAUCUUCUUUUGCACUUGGCUCCUCAGCUCACAGUCCUAAUCCACUGGCUCUGCCUACCGAUACUGAUGUGACAGCUGGCUCACUCAAUCAUCUGCCUGCAGUGCCCCGCCCUUCAGUCUAUAACACACCCAUCAAUCUCUACUCCAAUGAGAAUGCCUGCGAGGUGGCCAUGGGCCAGAGGCGGGGCCUGCUGGAAAGCCAGGGUGAGAGCUUACAGCUGAAUGGACUUCCUCGUAAGCUCGUCACAGAGACCGACAUUGAGUUUUAUCACGUCCCGACACAAAGUGAUGCCAGCAGGAAACGCAUCAUGGAGGAUACAGAAGACUGGAACCCGCGGACAGGAACUUCACAGUCCCGCUCAUUCCGUAUCCUUGCUCAGAUUACCGGCACUGAAUCUGAAAUCGAUCUCUCGGAGAGAGAGGCUGAAUCUGCAAAGAAGACAACAAACGAAAAGCUUGAUGAUUCUCAGCCCAGCGCUCAUGUCACGUGUCCCGUUAAGACCAUGAUCAAAGCCCCAGGAACACCUGUCAAAAACACAGCAGGACUCAUUACUCCCACUUUUGGUGUUGUGAGCAACAGCACACCUUUGGGCCCUGCCUUGGACCGUCCCAUGCCCUGCCCACACCCCAAAGAUGAAGCCUCAUUGGUCCAGAUGGCAGAACACAUCCCUGCUGGAAAACGCACUCCUAUGUGUGCUCACUGCAAUAUGGUUAUUAGGGGUCCGUUCCUGAUGGCAAUGGGAAAAUCGUGGCACCCCGACGAGUUCACAUGUGCACACUGCAGUGUUUCUCUGAGUGAAUUGGGUUUUGUAGAGGAACAAGGCUCUGUGUACUGCCAGCACUGCUAUGAAGAGUUCUUCGCUCCAACCUGUGCACGCUGCCAAUACAAAAUCCUGGGGGAAGUGAUUAAUGCACUGAAGCAGACUUGGCAUGUGUAUUGCUUCCUGUGUGCAUCCUGCCAGCAACCAAUAAGAAACAAUACAUUUUACCUAGAGGACGGAGAGCCCUACUGCGAGAGAGACUAUUACAGUUUGUUUGGGACUGAUUGCCAUGGUUGUGAUUUCCCAGUAGAAGCAGGAGACAAGUUUUUAGAGGCCCUCGGCUUCAUCUGGCAUGACACCUGCUUUGUGUGCUCAGUGUGCAGCGUCAGUCUGGAGGGACAAACUUUCUUCUCCAAAAAAGACAAACCACUUUGCAAGAAACAUGCUCACAAUUUAAAAAUAUAAUUCAUUUUGAAGUAUAAAAUCGCAUGGAUAAAAUAAUGCAUAUUUGCAUAUAUACAGUAGAGGCAUCACAAACUAUCAAAAUAAUAUUGGCAAGGCAAAGAUUAAUGCCGCUCUGAGAUGGUUUAAAGUGAAGGAUGAUGUAAAGCGGUUCAUGUUUUAUUGUGGCUGAUGUUCUGAAAGAACUAACGGCACUUUUGAAACUUUGUUAUUUUAUUAAAUCAAAGAAAUAUCAGAGAAAA